GGGUUAGGCGUCAGCCGCACAAAAUGGCGGCGGCGGCGGCGGUGACCUUCUGCCGGCUGCUGGGCCGGGCCGGCGCGGGAGCGCGGAGCCUGCCCCGGGGCGCCAGGGGUUUUGGGGUGCGGACGUCGCCUACCGGGGAGAAGAUCACGCACACCGGCCAGGUUUAUGAUGAUAAAGACUACAGGAAAAUUAGGUUUGUAGGUCGUCAGAAAGAGGUGAAUGAAAACUUUGCGAUUGAUUUGAUAGCAGAGCAACCCGUGAGCGCGGUGGAGAGUCGGGUGAUAGCGUGUGACGGCGGUGGGGGGGCACUGGGCCACCCGAAGGUGUACAUCAACCUGGACAAAGAAACAAAGACCGGGACGUGUGGUUACUGUGGCCUGCAGUUCAGACAGCAGCAUCCCUAGCGCAAGUCCCCGCUGCGGCUGUGCGUGCGCGUUCAGCGCUGAGAGAAGUCCGUGCAGGUCGCUGGCUCUGCAUGAGGGGCUCCUGGCGUUGAAUAAAGGGCAUUGCUGUAAAGGA